GAUAUUUUACCAUUAUUGCCACUAUAGGAUAUAUUGAUUUUAAUGGUGUUUACAAUCAAAAUAAAGAAUGCUGGGAAGGUCCAAGACGUUACGUUGGAAGACACUGAUACUGGUGCUGAUUUCAAACUCAAGAUCCAGCACCAAACAAACAUUCCCACUGACAAACAAAAGAUCUUGAUUAAAGGAGGAAAACUUAAUGACGAUUCCGUCGUGAAGGACUUGAAUCUCUCUCAGCCAGUGAUGGUCUUGGGAACCCCUAACAACAAUAUCAACAAGGUAGAGAUCCCUAAACAGGUGUUUUUGGAAGAUUUGAAUCAGAAUCAGUUGGUAAAAGUCAGCGAUGAACCUUCAGGAUUGGUUAAUUUGGGAAACACUUGUUACUUCAACUCUUCUUUGCAGAGUCUUUAUCGAAUCGACGAUAUCAGGGAAGGUUUAAAGACCGCCAACAGCACCAAUUCGUUUGUUAAUUCAUUAAAGCGAUUAUUUGAUAUGAUGUCUAAAAAGCAAGAGAGAAUUAAUCCUACUUUGUUUCUUGCCAGUUUCAGAGAGAACUUUCCUCAGUUUAGUGAACAGGAUAACCAUGGGUUCUAUAAGCAACAAGAUGCAGAAGAAAGUUUUUCUCAGAUCUUGAAUGUUUUAUUGGAAAGCAUUCAUAUGAAAGGUAAGUUGACAAUAAAUUUAAAGACCGAAUCGAAGUGUUUGGCGUUACCUGAAGAACCAGUCGUGACUGGUCAAGAGGAUGCCUUGAAGUUGAUGUGUCAUAUCGACAUCAAAACCAAUUUUUUGAGAGACGGGUUGUUGAAUGGUUUAAAGGAGACUUUAAUUAAGCAUAACGACACUUUAGGGUCUGACGCUGAAUAUGAAAUUACCAAAACAAUCACCAAGACCCCCAAAUAUUUAAUUGUUCAUUUCGUCAGAUUUUAUUGGAGAAGAGACACCCAAAAGAAAUCGAAGAUCUUGAGAAAAGUCCAGUUUCCAUUUGAAUUGGAUAUUAGUGAAAUGUUAGACGAGUCUAUAAAACCCACUAAGGCUAAAUUCAGAGAUGAUUUAAGAAAGAUCGAAAAGGAUAACUUUGAGAUGGUUAGAGACUUCAAGAAGGCUAAGAAAGACGAUUCGUUGAGUCCUUUACAACAACAAGAAGAAGACCAAUUGAAGUUGGAGUCCAUAAAGUCCAAGUUCGAAGAUGAUUUUAACUCUUUAUUGAAAGAGCACAACAUUGACGAGCAAUUGGACUCUUUGACGGAAAACCCAUCCUCGGUCUACAAGUUAAGCUCUAUCAUUACCCAUGCCGGUUCUUCUGCUGAUAGUGGACACUACCAGUCUUUUGCCAAAGAUGAAGGAGACCUUGAAGAUGAACACUGGUGGAAAUUCAACGAUGAAAAAAUCUCCAGAGUUUCCAGAGAUAAAAUCGAGCAAUUAUCUGGUGGAGGCGAAAGCGACAGUGCUUUGUUGUUGAUUUAUAAGGCUAGUGGUCUUUAAGUUAUUUUUCAAUGUAUUUAAAAUGACUAUCAAAAUCUAAGUUUAACAAUCUUUAUUAGUACUAUUUAGCGGCUUAAAUUUAUAAAUCCUUCACCAACUGGUUGAACUUGGUCACCUCAUCCCAACAGUUCAACAGCUUACCUUCGUUAUGUUUCAAACAUUCAAUGACAGAUUUUCUGGAGGCCUUGAUAUCUUCAGUUACUUCAACCGUAGUUAAAGCUAUAUUUUUUUGGAUCAAUUGUUUCAAAUGCUGGAUUUUUUCGUUACUCGAAGGCACAGAAACUACAGGUGUACCAUCCUCAGGUAAUAUGGCGCCCUGAGUGGUUUGUUGGAAAUGCUUAAUGGCUUCAGCUUCUAAUUUUUUCACCUCUUGUGCAACUCUGUCUUGUAUGUACUUCUCGGUGUACUGAGCUCUCGAAUAGUCGGAUUCGGAGCUGUUUUCCAAUUGUGACAAGAAGGAAGCACUGAAAUCAACAGGUGCCUGAGGAGUGAACACUUUUUUCUCGGGUUUGGAAGUGGUAGAACCCAUUGUCAAAAUGCUCAAGUUGGGUUUGAUUUCGUGCUUUUAUUGGUG